GGGAGGGGGUCCAGGAAGCGGCCUAGUCGCACGGAAGGGGCCGAGCUCCGGAGGACCCCGCGCCCAGCAGGGCUCAACCGGUCCCCGCCCCGGCCCCGCCCUCCAGGCCCCGCCCCCGAUCCCGCCCGGCGCUCCCCUAAAGACUGCUUCCCCGCCCCCGGCCGAGGCGGUGCCCGGAGCAGAGUCCGCCUGCGUCGUGCGGGCAGUACGCGUCUCCUUCUCCUCUGCAUCUGCGCCAGGCGCGGUGUCCCCCGCCCCGCCGCCGGCCCCCGGUGCGCCCGGCCGCCUGAGACCCCAGACAUUCUGAGGACUUCAAGCCCAGGAAACAGCCUCUCAGGUAGCUCUAAGGAACUGCUCCAAAGAGUAUGUGGUCCAGCCUGAAUGAGUGGCUAUGGCAGGAGAGGUUCUGGCUACCACCCAACAACUCGUGGGCUGUACUGGAGGACCGCGAUGGCCUGGUCUACGCCCACCCCAAGGACAUGCUGAUGGCCCUGCCCCUGGCUCUGGCCCUGGUGGCCGUGCGCUUCACCUUUGAGAGAUUCAUUGGCCUGCCCCUGAGCCGGUGGCUGGGUGUGCGGAACCAGACCAGGAGGCCGGUGAAGCCCAAUGCCACGCUGGAGAAACACUUCCUUAUGGAAGGGCAGAGACCCACAGAGCCCCAGAUGAGCCUCCUGGCGACCCAGUGUGGGCUCACACUGCGACAGACCCAACACUGGUUCCGGAGACGCCGGAACCAGGACCGGCCCUGCCUGACCAAGAAGUUCUGUGAGGCCAGCUGGAGGUUCGCCUUCUAUCUGUGCUCCUUCAUCGGUGGAAUCUCGGUUCUUUACCACGAAUCGUGGCUGUGGACGCCGGUAAUGUGCUGGGACAGUUACCCACAGCAGCCCCUGAAGCCGGCCCUGUACCACUGGUAUCUCCUGGAGCUGAGUUUCUACGUCUCUCUGCUGAUCACGCUGCCCUUCGACACCAAGCGCAAGGACUUCAAGGAGCAGGUGGCACAUCACUUUGUGACCAUCACCCUGAUCGUCUUCUCCUACAGCACGAAUCUGCUGCGCAUCGGCUCUCUGGUGCUGCUAUUGCACGACUCCUCCGACUACCUGCUGGAGGCCUGUAAGUUGUUCAACUACACGCACUGGCGGCGCGUGUGCGACGCUCUCUUCAUCAUCUUCUCGUUGGUCUUCUUCUACACUCGCCUCGUGCUCUUCCCCACCCAGAUCCUCUAUACCACAUACUACGAGUCCAUUGCCAACUCGGGCCCCUUCUUUGGCUACUACUUCUUCAACGUGCUUCUGAUGACGCUACAGCUGCUGCACGUGUUCUGGUCUUGCCUCAUCCUUCGCAUGAUCUACAGCUUCGUAAAGAAAGGCCAGAUGGAGAAGGAUGUUCGCAGCGACGUGGAAGAGUCAGACUCCAGUGAUGGGGAGGCAGCCCAGGAGUACCCGCAGCUGAAGAACAGGGCAGCUCACCGGCCCGGAUCAGCCCCCACUGAUGGCCCUCGGAGCCGGGCAGCCAGGCGGAUGGCCAACGGGCACACACCAGCCACGUAGCCGGCCGAGGACUGACCACAAGGGGCUGCCCCAGCGCCCGGCAGCUCGGAUUCGUGGGGUGGCUGGACUGGGGACCCUUGGGCCGAUUCUCUGGAGACAGGGAGGGCCCCACCCCCGGGGCUGAUGAUCUGUCUCCAGCCCCUUCCGCCCACCCUCCCUCCUUCCCUCAGGCUAAUGGACGGAGCUGCGGCCGGGGGAGAGAGGGGUGCAGGCAGCCUGGCAACUGUGAAGAGCCCCAGGCUGAAAGGGGGUCCAAUAAAACUUGACCGGAGCCAA